ACUGAAUCGCAACAUAAAAGUUCGACAAAGCAAAAAAUAAACAACCCGAAAGGGAAAAUAAUUAAUUAAUUAUUUUGAUAAUUAAUUAAUACAAAGUGUACAAGUGAUAAUACCGUUUGAGUAAUUCACAAAAGUUUUAAAGUGAUACAAUUGUGGUCUGAGACAAUAUUCUAAAUUUAACUGUUGACUGUGUAAAAAAAAACAAAGUAAACUUUUGGCAACAAUCUGACAAAUUUUACUAGCGAGCUCCACCAAGGCAACACAACACAACACAGAAAUACAGCAGGCAAUGUCAUUAGAGGAAUUAAAAGCAACUAUACGCCGAUUUCCAAAGCUUCUGGGUGGUAUUGGCAUAUUGACCACCGCCGGCAUCAUCCUCUACGAGACACCACAAAUCCGUAAAUAUCUCGCUCAAUAUGUGGACAAGAAGCAACAGGAACCGGACAAGCGUCGCACCGAAUACAUCUACAUUAAAUAUCACAUUUAUCGGGAAUCCAUGCGCAAGUUGCAACAGAAGCAGGAGGAUGAAAAGAAGUGGAUCAGUGUCAUCAUCAAUCCCAUUGGCAAAUGGUGGAAGGCUGCCAAGCAUUCGGUUGCCUGGCGUCUGUUGAACAUUGCCCAAACCGGCAGUCAGGCGGAGCGUUUGAAGGCUGUCCAGCAGCUGGUUUGUAUGGAUCAUCUCAAGGAUUGGGACUUUCGUCAUUUGGCACAGAUCUGUGAUGCACGCACUUGCGUUUCCUUGGCCCGCUGUGGUGCCGAUGUCCGUUGGUUUAUGCCCGUGCCAAGGCGUCGUUGCAUCAAAAAUCCAAAAAUGCUGCUCUCCGAACUCCACGUGAUGCUCGCCCGUCUCCGUCCCUCGUCCUGCGUGGAUCACUUCUUUAGCAAAUAUUUUCCCGAGCAACACGACACGGAGGGCAUUCAUGAGUUUUUCACACCAGAACAGUCGAUUACACUGUCCACUCAGGACACGGAUUUGCUGAAAGAGAUCAUAUCGUUUCUGCAUCACAUCACAAAGGAUCCCAAAGUGUCGGCCCAGAUCAUACACGAUGGCGGUCUAAUGCAUUUAAUGGAAUUGCGCAAGAUCUUCAAUGAUGACAAUGAGACAUUGGCGACAUUAUGCAAAGUGCUGGCCAACAUGUCCAUGGUGCCGGAUGCAGUGGAGCAUUUCUUUGUCUCUGGCUGGGUGGGCACCUUGGCCGAAUGGCAACAGUGUGCCGAUCUACGCCUUCAAGUGAUCUCUGCCAAGACGAUGGCUAAUCUGGAUCAUGACGAUCCCAAUCAGUUCACAUAUCCACCGAAUGUGUAUCCCCUGCAUCCACGUGUGCGAACACGUCGCAAGCCCACAGCUGACAUUGUCUUUGUCCAUGGACUUUUGGGUGGUGUGUUCAUUACCUGGCGGCAACGGGAUCGCAAACCCACCGAGCUGGGACUCUACGGCAAGAAUGCGUUCUACACCAGCGAAACGGAUGACGUGUUCCUCGUCGGCGAACAGAAGCGUAUUAAUGGCAACAGGCAGAAACAACAGCACCAACAACAGCAACAACAGCCGCAGCAACAAACAAAGCAACAAUUGGUGCCGACACAGAUUCAAUCCAAUGGAGAGGCAGCCAAGGCAACUGUUGCCAAACCGGAAUCCCUUAAAGGUCAAGUGUUGAAGACCAGCAAAAAGGUGCAGGAAAAACAUCUGAACAUCAGCGAUGCGGCCACUAAAGAAUUUGUGGAGACGCUGCGAAAUGAGGCGGAAUUAGACUCGGACUGGGAGGUAGUGCAUCCGGAUAUUCCAGUGUACGCCAGUGAGAAUUGUCGUGGCAUGUUCAGCGUGUCGGGCAACGAGUGGAACAACCAGGAUGCAUCCGAAGAGUAUACUAACUGCUGGCCAAUGGAGUGGCUGCCAGAUGAUUAUCCAGAUGCAAGAAUCAUCGGCAUUGACUACACAUCCGCUGUCACCGAGUGGUCGGCUAAUUUCACCAAGUACUGUCCAUGUGAGAAGGGUCAGGGACACAUCGAUGUGCGAGCUGGUUCGCUGUUGGAGCGCAUUGCCGCAUCCGACGUGGGCAAUGAGCGUCCAGUGGUAUGGAUCGGUCAUUCAAUGGGAGGUCUGCUCACCAAGAUCAUGCUCCUGAAAUCAUUGGACUCCACUGAACCGAAUGUUCAGCAGAUUGCCAAGAAUACCAGGGGUAUUGUGUUUCUGGGUACACCACAUCGUGGCUCAUCCAUUGCCAAGUGGAAACAGCACAUGCAAGUGAUACUCUCACCAUCGAUCGAGGUUAAGGAAAUGGAAGAGAACUCACCGAAAUUGCUUGACAUGCACCGCCGUUUCAUGGGCAGCUUGCACACACGCCUGCGUCAUGUGAAUGUCCUCAGUGUGGCCGAAGGAUCUCCCACCAUGCUGACCUCAUUCAAGUUUCCACUGCGCAUUGUCACCGAGGAAUCGUCGCGCAUUGAUUUCGGUGAUUUCUAUUUGCUCAAAGACGAUCAUCUCAGUCUGUCCAAGCCCAUUUAUAGACAGUCCUUCCUCUAUCAGAGACUGCUCCAUGUCAUCAAGGAUGCCAUCAAACAGAGCAAUGAGCCCAAGGAUGCGGAUGAGCAAGCGACGCCCCAGACUGAUUUAUCAACUUUGAAUAUUGUGGGCACAAUAUUUAAGGGCACCAAAGGAUUAUUUGAAAUGCUCCCGCGUGUUGCCCUUCGCUUUACCACAUAGAGCGCAAAAACACAAAACCAAAAGCAACGCACAAUGUACCUUGAUGGAUUUGCACUCAGCACUCACCAUUUAAUUUCUAUUAGUUUAUAAAAAAAAAUAUCAAGUAUUUCUUUCUCAGAACGACUCACACGACCCCCGUGUUCAUUUAUCUUACAAUAUGUGUAUCUAUGUAUAUCAUUGAGUGUAACUCUUUCUAUACGAAUCUUAAUUUAUUUCUUAACCUAUAAGAAUAAGAAACAAUAAAUACAAAGUUUAUAAUUAUGA